AUGGGAAAAAAAAUCUUAUAUACGGUAAUUUUAUUGGAUUCAGUUUUGGACUUAUAUAUCAGAUAUUUAUCCACAACUUCAUCUCAAUUAGAUACAGAGAAAGCUUACCAGAAACUACAGGGAAGCUAUAAGAGCUUUGAGUUGGAACCUUUAGCUCUUACUUGUUUUUUAGCCUUCCAGAGUGAAGACACUGACUUUCCUGUUGCCGGCAUGUCGAGUCUGCUCAGCAUCGUGGUCCUGCUAGCUGUGGCCUCCAGCGGCUUUUGUGAGAAGGAGUUUCUGCAGCGAGCCGGCAAAGAUUUUAACAGCAGACAGUACAGAUCUGUACUGACUGUGAACAACGGAGAGAGAUUUGGAGACUGGACCUGGCCAGAGAUGUGUCCUGAUAACUUCUUUGCUGUUGGAUUCAGUGUCAGGGUGGAGACCAACCAGUACGGGGGGGACGACACCGCCCUGAAUGGGAUCCGCCUCAUCUGCUCCCAAGACGAGAGCCGCAGCUUCCUGUAUUACGUCGAGUCACACACUGGACAUACCGGAGAAUGGUCCCAUCCUCAGUACUGCCCUGGCGGCGUGCUGACAUCUUUCCAGAUUCGCGUGGAGCCCAUACAGGGACUGUUAGGAGACGACACGGCCGUUAACAACAUCAAGUUCCGCUGCAGCAGCAACCCAACGCUGGAAGCGCCCGGCAUGCAGUGGGGUGACUAUGGCUAUUGGAGUGAAGACUGCACCAACGGAGGCAUCUGCGGCAUAGAGACCAAGAUGGAGGAGUACCAGUGGGCCCUGGACGACUCUUCUCUCAACGAUGUCCGGCUUUUCUGUUGUAACAAAUCUCAGCAGUGAUCAACUGAUUCUAGAACAUCUUUGAUACCUUCAAACUAAAGAGCAUUAUAAUAGGAAAGCUAUAAUAAAACAUCUUUAAUCACA